AUGGUCCCAGAGGCCUGGAGGGGCGGACUGGUAAGCACCGGGAGAGUGGUGGGAGUUUUGCUGCUUCUGGGUGCCUUGCACAAGGCUUCCGCCGCCGUCAUUCGCUAUGAGAUCCUGGAGGAAAGAGAGAAAGGUUUCGUGGUGGGCAACGUGGUCAGGGACCUUGACUUGGAUCUCGGCAGCCUGUCAGCCCGCAGGCUCCAGGUGGUGUCCGGAGCUAGCCGAAGAUUCUUUGAGGUGAACUGGGAGACCGGAGAGAUGUUUGUGAACGACCGCCUGGACAGAGAGGAGCUGUGUGGGACCCUGCCCUCCUGUACCAUAACUCUGGAGUUGGUAGUGGAGAGGCCGCUAGAGCUGUUCAGCGCGGAAGUGGUGAUCCAAGACAUCAACGACAACAAUCCCUUUUUUCCUACUCGGGAAAUGAAAUUGGAGAUUAGCGAGGCCGUGGCGCCGGGAACGCGCUUUCCGCUCGAGAGCGCGCAUGAUCCCGAUGUGGGAAGCAACUCUUUACAAACCUACGAGCUGAGCCGAAACGAGUACUUUGCGCUUCGAGUGCAGACGCGGGAAGACAGCACUAAGUACGCGGAGCUGGUCCUGGAGCGCGCCCUGGACCGGGAGCGAGAACCGGAUCUCCAGCUGCUGCUGACGGCAUUGGACGGAGGAACUCCGGCUCGCUCAGCCAGCCUUCCUAUUCGAAUCGUUGUGCUGGACGCGAAUGACAAUGCGCCCACCUUCAACCAGUCCUUGUACCGGGCGCGUGUCCUGGAGGAUGCACCCCCCGGCACUCUCGUGGUGCAAGUCCGUGCAACGGAUCUGGAUGAAGGCCCCAACGGCGAAAUCAUUUACUCCUUCAGCAGCCACAACCGCGCUGGCGUGCGGGAACUUUUCUCCUUGGACCUUGUUACCGGGGUGCUGACAGUCAAGGGUCGACUGGACUUCGAAGACGCCAAACUCCAUGAGAUUUAUAUACAGGCCAAAGACAAGGGCGCCAAUCCCGAAGGAGCACACUGUAAAGUUUUGGUAGAGGUUGUGGACGUGAAUGACAACGCCCCGGAGAUCACAGUUACCUCCGUGUACAGCCCAGUCCCCGAGGACGCUCCUCUCGGAACUGUCAUUGCUUUGCUCAGUGUGACCGAUCUGGAUGCUGGGGAGAACGGGCUGGUGACGUGCGAGAUUCCGCCAGGUCUCCCUUUCAGUCUUACAUCUUCCCUCAAGAAUUACUUCACUUUGAAAACCAGCGCAGCCCUGGAUCGGGAGACCGUGCCAGAAUACAACCUCAGCAUCACGGCUCGAGAUGCGGGAACCCCUUCCCUCUCAGCCCUCACGACAGUGCGGGUGCAAGUGUCCGACAUCAACGACAACCCUCCACAAUCUUCCCAGUCUUCCUACAAUGUUUACGUUGAGGAAAAUAAUCUGCCUGGCUCCCUUCUCUGCACCGUGGCUGCCUCCGAUCCAGACACUGGGGAUAACGCCCGUCUUACCUACUCUAUUGUAGGGAACCAGAUUCAGGGCUCCCCAGCCGCCUCCUUUGUGUAUGUCAACCCCGAGGAUGGGCGGAUCUUUGCCCAGCGUACUUUCGACUACGAACUGCUGCAGAUGCUGCAGAUUGUGGUGGGCGUUCGAGACUCUGGCUCUCCCCCGUUACACGCCAACACCUCUCUCCACGUAUUUGUCCUGGACCAGAAUGAUAAUGCCCCAACUGUGCUGCACCCUAGACCGGGUCGGGAAUUCUCACUCCCCCAGCGUCUCCCUCGCUCUGCCCCUCCUGGCUCCUUGGUCACCAAGGUGACAGCCGUAGAUGCUGAUGCAGGCCACAAUGCCUGGCUCUCCUAUUCACUGUUGCCACAGUCCACAGCCCCAGGGCUGUUCCUGGUGUCUGCACACACUGGUGAGGUGCGAACAGCCCGGGCCUUACUGGAGGAUGAUGCUGACACCCAGCAGGUGGUGGUCCUGGUGAGGGACAAUGGUGACCCUUCACUCUCCUCCACAGCCACAGUGCUGCUGGUUCUGGAAGAUGAGGACCCUGAGGAAAUGCCCAAAUCCAGGGACUUCCUCACACACCCUCCUGAGCGCUCAGACCUUACCCUUUACCUCAUUGUGGCUCUUGCGGCCACCAGCCUCUUAUCCUUAGUCACCUUCACCUUUCUGUCAGCUAAGUGCCUUCGGGGGGACGGGGAUGGGGGUGGGGGUCAGUGCUGCGGGCGCCAGGACUCGCCCUCCCGGGAGUUCUAUAAGCAGUCCAGCCCCAACCUGCAGGUGAGCUCAGACGGCACACUCAAGUACAUGGAGGUGACGCUGCGGCCCACAGACUCGCACAGCCACUGCUACAGGACGUGCUUUUCACCAGCCUCCGACGGCAGCGACUUCACUUUUCUAAGGCCCCUCAGCGUUCAGCAGCCCUCAGCUUUAGCGCCGGAGCCCAUCGCCUUCCGGUCCCGCUCUAACACGCUGCGGGAGCGGAGCCAGCAAGCCCCACCCAACACGGAUUGGCGAUUCUCUCAGGCCCAGAGACCCGGCACCAGCGGAUCCCAAAAUGGCGAUGAGACCGGCACCUGGCCCAACAACCAGUUCGACACAGAGAUGCUACAAGCCAUGAUCUUGGCCUCUGCCAGUGAAGCCGCUGAUGGGAGCUCCACCCUGGGAGGGGGUGCCGGCACCAUGGGCUUGAGUGCCCGCUACGGACCCCAGUUCACCCUGCAGCAUGUGCCCGACUACCGCCAGAAUGUCUACAUCCCUGGCAGCAACGCCACUCUGACCAACGCAGCUGGCAAGCGUGAUGGCAAGGCCCCGGCAGGAGGCAAUGGCAACAAGAAGAAGUCUGGCAAGAAGGAAAAGAAGUAA